UACACCACCGGCCGAACCUAGGCAACCUCUCAGACUCCAGUCCCUAUAACUCGACCGAUAGCCACAUAUCCAUAUCAUCCUCCACUUCGACAAUCGAUCAGUCAGCUAGGCUCAUGACCCCAUUGCCCAACGAGUCGUUAAGCCUACGCUCUCUGUCCGUUGUCGAGUAGUCCGCAGCCUUUUCUAGCCUGCUUGCGUGGCUCUCGCUCGCUUUCAGUGAGAUAGUCAAUCGCCAUUCCUGUGUGAUUUUGCGAGGGGUUCUAGGGGAUUCGCAUUUCACUUCGUUCUAUCUCUCAUCUCCUUCCCCCUUCUUCCCCCACCGACCCCGUGACCACCACCCUCAUGGUCCCUCCGCCCUCCUCCCAUUCACGAUCCGGAACCUUUUCGCCUGUUCCUGCCCAAGGCUUGCAGACGGGCUUGACCCAUUCGCCCCAUCCGUCACAGACCGGCGCGUUGAGUGCUGGCGCAAGCCCAAGUACUAGUAGCCCGACUACGGGUAGCAACAACUCUCUCACCAAGAUCGUCGUCGCCCAGGUCUAUCUGCUGCUGAGUUCUAUCAAUAAGGACAAAGACCGUGCAAAGUUUGAGCUUCAAGUCGAGCAGCUAAAUAAGCUGCUCGAUGACCACGGGAUGGAAGUAUUUUCUAAAUAUUUCACACGGCUUGUCGCCGGCAAUGCAGCUCAGAUAUUCCCUGGCCUCAAUAGGUCUACGGCUAAUCCCGGCAAUUACUCGUUAUUGGCCGGUGAGAUGAACAAGAUCUCGCACGACCUAAAUCAGGCCCCGAAGAUCGCCGAGUCAAUAGAGACUGCUAAUGAGGACAUAUUCCGCGACUUUGAUCUCUCUACUUUCAUGGAGCAUUUCAAACUUGAUGCUCUAGAAAAGACUAUUCUGGCACUAGCCUUCAAGCUUGGCUUGCGUUCAGAUCUAAAAACCAAAGCCGACGCGAUACUCUCCACCAAUUUCCCAACCUUUGUUAAUAUUAUCUCGCGCCCUAACUAUGGUGAUCACUCUGAUCUUAGCCCAUCCUUUAUCGCCGCAAUUGUCGACAAAUACAUCCAGGGCCACCCGCCCAACUUCAACUCGGCUGCCAAGCACGAACUAAGCCAUAAAGUGCAAUCUCGCUGGUCCCAGUCGGAUCACGCACCUCCGAUGGAAGUCUUAGCUGCUUUAGAUCUCAUUCGAGUACUUGGCGAGAAGCCGCCAAAUGCUCUGGCUCUCUAUAUUCGUGCCACAGGUACCGAUUUCACCCGUGAUGAGGAUACCUGCUUUAGUUAUCUCGAUAAGCGGCCUACUAAUAUACAACUAAGCGAGGAGCAAGUGUCCGCCGCCUUAACUUACACUACCGUAAGUAUUACUUAUCGACAUAACCCAUCUGUCCUGGUAGCCGCCCUUCGACGGAUUGUACCUUCGACGUUUAAUUGGCAGGACGUGAUCGGUUACUUUGAUCAGCGCGAUGUACGAGUCUCUUCGGCGCAGUUUUUGCGACUGUAUACCGCUCUUCUGCCCAUUGCCCAGGCGAGUGAAAACAGCUCACAGCCCUUCGAUAUCCAGUGCUUAUGGGGCGGCUCACACUGGGAAAAUCCCGAAACACAAUUGUCUUUCAUUUGUGCGUUUGCCUCUUUGACUCCAGACGACCUUGAUGCUACUACCAUCCCUGGUCUUCAGCCUACUUUUACUCUCGAUGACUACGCCCAAUCACCUCCUGCGGUUAGGGAACGAGCCUUGGUAGCCGUCAAGCAUCCGCUUGUUUCUGGUCCUGCUCUUUCGGCAAUCUUCCAAGUCGCUCUUCAUUCUCUACAUGCUUCACAGAGCACCGAGGCCAAACGCCUAUUCCAAGAAGUCGUCGUUCCCAAUUUAGAUAUUUUCAUCGUGUCGGCCUUCGGUGUUCCUAAACCGUGGCCGCCAAUGGCUGUCGACACUCUUGCAUCUUUGUUCGAAAAUUUUCUCCAUCGCCGUUCCGAGUAUCAUGAGUUCGUCAUGGACAGCUUGUGGAGAAAGGAUCGAGACUGGGUAAUUCAGAGGCUUGCAGAUGCACAUGUAAUGAAACCCGCUGAUCUACCCUUGAUCUAUGAUCAUGUUAUGGAACAUGGCUGGUUGGAGGCUCUCAUUUAUGAUGCCAAUGGUUUCGGGCUUGAUCUUUUAUCUUAUGCUCAUGCCAAUGGACAGAUAGAUAUCACCCAUUGGGCGCGUCACGUAUCUGAGCGAAGUCCAGCAAUCUCACCAGCACUGGUGCAAUUCUUGCUGAUCAAGGCGAAUUUGGAAGCAAAUUCUCAAAAGGUUACGAACGGCCCGAGCCCGUCGAGUGUCCCGCUUCAUCUCAAGACCGUUCUAGCUCUACUACAGAUACUAGAAGAUCUUCUUCCUCGGGGCCCCAUUCCUGAACUUAUCAUGGUUCAACGUGUGUGUAUCACUGCCUAUCCCAGACUGGUCAACUACGGCGAGGGUUACGAUGAAAUUAUUGAUGCGAACGGGCAAGAGAGUCACAUGCUCCCCGCGGCUGCUGUUGCCAAGAUGGAAGAGCAGUAUAAGAAGAUGUACAAUGAAGAGAGCGAAGUUAAAGUCGUUGUCCAGCGACUUGAAACAUACAAGCACUCCCGUAUUCCACUUGAACAAGACAUAUUCGCCUGUAUGAUUCAUGGACUCUUUGACGAGUAUUCUCACUUUGCCGGUUAUCCUCUCGAGGCUUUAGCCACCACUGCCGUCCUAUUUGGUGGUAUCAUAUCACACAAGCUCAUUUCAGAGCUCCCACUCAAAAUUGGGCUUGGAAUGAUUCUUGAGGCAGUAAGGGAUCACAGGCCGGAAGAGAACAUGUACAAGUUCGGUCUUCAGGCUUUGAUGCAGUUGUUUUCACGUUUUCGGGAAUGGCCGGGAUUUUGUAAACAGCUAUUGCAGAUUCCAGGUCUCCAUGGAACUGAUGCUUGGAGGAAAGCAGAAGAAGUCGUGCGUGAGGACGAAGAGGAAAAAGCGCGCUCUCAAAACGGCAACGGUCGAGCCAAUCACCUAGGAAAUGAUACCAUGGUAAAUGGUUCUGCUGAGGCCUCGGAUGCGCACCCUCCUCCCUUCACAGCUAUCCAUGUUGAUCCUCCGCCCGGCGAUAUCAAGUUUGAAGAGCCUGUCGAAGAAAUUCAGGACAAAAUCCAAUUCGGUCUCAACAACUUGACAGCAGCAUCACUGCAGACUACUUACAGAGAGAUAUGCGAUAUCAUGGAUGAGCGUCAUCAACAGUGGUUUGCACUCCACCUCGUAGAGGAACGCGCCAAGCAACAACCAAAUUUUCAUCAAGUCUAUCUCGAUUUAGUCAAGCUAUUCCAGCACCGGGGACUGUGGUCUGAGGUCUUAAGGCAGACCUAUAAAAGCUGCCAACGAAUGCUGAAUGCGGAAAGUACUAUGCAAAGUUCUACGGACAGGACGCAGCUCAAAUUCCUAGGCGCUUGGUUGGGACUCCUUACACUAGCAAGGGAUCAACCCAUCAAGCACAAGAACAUCGCCUUCAAGCAGCUCCUUAUCGAGGCUCACGAUACCAAGCGCUUGGUUGUCGUGGUACCUUUCGUUUGCAAAGUCCUCAUUCAAGCUUCUCGAUCAACUAUUUUCCGCCCCCCAAAUCCUUGGUUGAUGGAUAUCAUUCAUUUCCUCAUCGAGCUGUAUCACACCGCUGAGCUAAAGCUUAAUCAGAAGUUUGAGAUCGAAGUUCUUUGUAAGGAUCUUAAUCUUGAUCAUAAGAGUAUAGAGCCCUCUAGCGAGCUUCAAGAUCGUGAGCCCAUUGAUGACGUGGGUGAACUCUCAGUUCCGGAAUUGGAGCAAUUUGAAGGCCUCUCUCUGAACGGCCUACCUGGCCCCAUCGCCCCUGGACUAUCACCACCGAGUCUUCCAGUAUCAGUCCCAGAAGUCAGCAGCCUGUUAUCAAUUCCGCCAACUAAUGAAAUGGUUGUGAAUACUGCCCGGCUUCACGAGAUGGUGCGCAACGCUGUCACAAAAGCAUUGCACGAUAUCAUCCAACCAGUAGUCGACAGAUCCGUGACGAUCGCAGCUAUUAGUACCCAGCAAAUGAUCCAUAAAGACUUUGCAACAGAACCAGAUGAAAACAAACUUCGAACUGCAGCUAUCAACAUGGUCAAGGCAACAGCAGGAAGUCUUGCACAGGUCACUUCAAAAGAGCCUCUCAGGGCAAACAUAACCAAUUAUUUGCGAGCUGCUGCAAAUGAGUUACCACAAGGCUUGCCAGAAGGCACGAUCCUUAUGUGCGUAAAUUCAAACUUAGACCUCGCAUGUAACAUCAUUGAGAAACAAGCAGAAGAUCGUGCUGUUCCGGAGAUUGAAGAGAUGAUUGAACCAGAAAUUGAGGCACGCCGCCGUCAUCGCGUGCAGAGACCAAACGAGCCAUAUGUAGAUCCAGGGCUCACUCGAUGGGCCAUGACAAUUCCUCAUCCUUUCAAGCUUGCUCCAAACACAUCGGGUUUGAAUGCAGAGCAGAUGGCCAUCUAUGAUGAUUUUGCUAGACAGCCAAGAGGUGCCACCCAAAGCAGCGCGCAUGCCGCCUCUGCCUCCGAUACUACCAGGAUCAUUGCUAAUGAGGUGCUCUCUGAACAAUACAGUGCUGUGCCCAACCUGCCCACACCCGCUGAGACACCGUCCCUGCAACAUUUAAGUGCACAAUUGCCGUAUUCACAUAUGCAUGCCGGCAUGACUAACGGCCGCCCCUCUGCUCAUCAUGGUCAGGUAGAUGUCAGAGGUCUCGAGGACAAAAUCUCAAAACUGUUAGAAGAUUUGAAACAUACGGCAGAUACGUCACAGGAGGCCCAUUUCAGCGAAGUGCCUAAGCAGCAUAACAUUAUCGAUAUGGUGGAUGCGCUCACCCAGCUCAUCAUCAACGCUUCUCAAAGCUCUGACGGAAUUGCCGUUUACGCGGCAGAGAAGAUAUGUAACCUGUUGUUCAACCGGUACAACCACAGUGCCUUAUUCAUAGAGUCACUUGUUCAUAUCCUUGAGCUGAUACUAAAGGUAUCCGCUAGCUCCGGCUCGAAUCUACGUGACCGAGUUCAAGUCAGCCUCUACAACCAACCACCUCAAAACAUUCUCCACAUCCCUCUCAUAUCUGCUCUACUUCAGACAGAUCUUCUCGAUUUACACAACAUUGACACAAUGACCGCAAAGGUUCUUGCCCAGCGAGAAGAGUCAUUUUUGCACUUUUUUGACCAGCUCUUGGACUUGACAUUAUUCAAUGAGCGACCCAUCGCCCUUUACGCGGAUUUUGUGCAUAGUUUCCAAGUUGCAUGGGAAUGGAUUAGUGAGGACCCGAGUCUCGAAAUCGGACAACAGCUGAAGGCGAAGUUCCAGGAUUCAGGAUUACCGAAGCAUCAGAUCCGCAAUCCGGACGAACUAGACGACCUUUUUGACUAUGUCUUAGAUGAGUGGGGAAGGACAUUGUCGAAUUCCAACGCAUCUGAAAAACCGUUAGUCGAUUUCGUCAGACAGUUGCGGAACCAUAGGGUUGUUAACAGUCAGGAUGACUUUGUGAUGCUUCUAGCGAGAGGCAUUGACGCAUCGGUCAACCACUAUGAGCAAGUCAUGCAUACUGCAGGAAGCACUAAGACUGAGGCCUUUGCUUAUGUGGACGCUCUUGUGAAGCUGACGGAAGUUUUCGCCAAAGAAAGCGCUGACGAGAAAGAAAACUCGAGGAACAGCCCAGUUUCCAUCUUCCGAGCCGUCUUUUCCCUGGCUGCUGUUGUCCUCAAUCAUCACCAUUUGAAUCGUGGGGAGAGGUUCAAUGGACGGGUCUUUUUCCGUCUAUUUUCGAUGUUGAUGCACGCUGUUGACAAUGUUUUUGUGGAUAACCUUCAGUCUAACCGAAAAGACGUUGUGUUAGACCUAGCAGACACAUUUCUCCGGUUGGAACCGGAGUUAUUUCCAGGCUUCUCUUAUCCCUGGAUAUAUCUCAUUGGACACAGACAGUUCAUGCCCAGCAUCUUGACUCUUGAUGGAAGAUCAGGUUGGGCUCCCUUCACCAAGCUCCUCCAAGCGCUCCUCAAGAAUGUUUCCGAGCAUAUGAAAGUGGUUGAUCUCACAGAUGCCAUCAAGGAGUACUACCGAGCAACUGUCAAACUUAUGAUGACACUCUCGCAUGACUAUGCCGACUAUGUGUCAGCCAAUGCCACCCAACUGUGUGGGAGCAUUGCGCCUCACGUGCGGCAGCUAAGGGGCAUCAUUCUAAAUUGUAGCCCCAGGUCAGAGGCUGUAGAUGGCGCAGCUCCUCAAGAUCCGGAUUCCAGCAGUAUCACACAUCCCUUUUCGGCACUUACGGAAGCAGGAUUGAAACCUGUUCUGGAGCAACUCAUGCAGGCUGGUCCUACGGAAGACGCAAUCGCACAUCUCACACAUGCUAUCAACAAGUCUAAUGGGAAUGAUACCGUCUUUGGGCACGUCCGUUUGACAGUUGACUCAAAACUCAUUGAUGAUAUAGUAGAAUACAUUGGAGAAUAUGCGGCCUCUAGGUCUCGCGAAGCUGGACCAUUGUUUACUCAUGGUUCUACUGACAAUGCCACCCUGUCGCUUUUAGUACAUGAGCUAUCGCCUGAAGGUCGCUACUAUCUGUUAAGUAGUAUUCUUGACCGACUACGAUACCCAGCUCCUGUCACUGAGUACUUUACCCAUACCAUUCUUGAUUUGUUCGGCCGAGACAUCAAUGAUCCGGAAGAAACGGAUAUUCGCCAGCAGAUCGUCCGAAUUUUGCUUGAACGACUAGCAGGGUACUGGCCGCAACCUUGGGGCCUAGUGACAGUCAUUCUCGAGCUUGCCAAGGACCAGAAGUAUAUGUUCUUCGACCAGCCUUUUAUCAAGGCGGAUCGUGAGGUAAGUACCCUUCUAUCUAGAUCACAGUUUGGCCAAUACUCAGAUAUCUAAUAAACGUCAAUAGAUCGCAGAGCAAUUCUUAGCCAUAGCAAGACAGGCACAAUAAUUGUGCGAAGGCCAAGCUACCAACUAGCGAGCU